AUGGCCAGCCAAGCGCUGCUGCUGCGACCGCCAAGGGGUACAAGGGCCGCUUCUACAGUGCAGGGUCAUUUGAGACUCGUGCACUCGUCGCUGCUGCUCCGGGGCGGUGCACGCACACCGCUGCUGCCACUGGAGUCAGAAGGUUUCUGGCGCUCGACGCUUCCUACUCCAUCGUUACUGCGACGUUUGACACAGGGAGAGCCACAACAGGAAGGAGCCCGCCGACCGCGCCGAGAGGCUGAGGAAGAGGUCUGGGGCCAGCUCACUGCCAGAGGAGCGGACGAGGCCUUCGCCGUCGGGCGGCGGCUGGAGAGCUGGCUUGCGGAGCAGACCGCCACAGCUGUUGUCGACUUCGAUGACGAUGGCGAUGAAGAUGUCCAGCAGGCGUUGCACACCACUGUUAUCACAUCACCAACGCAGCGUGCCAUGCUGACAGCGCGGGCAGUGGUGAGCGCUUUGCUCCCCAGGGGUCAGCGCGCCGAUGCUGCGAAAGUUCGGCUGCGGCUGGCGACACGAGCUUUGAGGGUUGAGCAGGAUGCAGAGGAGUCUGCAGCAGACGACGAGCAUGCCAAACAGGAUGUGGCGCUGGAUCUAGCAGAGCUCCUGGGACAAGAUCCGCAGGCCUUCGAAGGAGCUAGCUGGGCACGGCUUCUGGACGUGGCGGAGUGUACGGAGACCUUCGGCCUCCUCCCGAAAGGCCAGUUGACGGAGGCCACCUGGCAGGCUGUCCUCUCGAGGCCAAAACAGGCAGCGAUGAAGCUGGCAGACACGAAGGCCGUGAAUCGCCUGGCCCCUUUGUUGCGCCUGAGCCUGGAGCCAUGCCUGCGGUGGAGGAGGCUUGCCAAGAUGAAGGCAGCUCGUGAUGAAGGGCAUGAGCGCCUGCGCCUUCUGGUGCUGCCCGGAUUUUCAUUGCUUUGCUGGGCUGCUGCGCUCGACCUUCCGCGCUUUGCACAGACGUGGCCAUCGCCUGCAUCGAAUUUUCUCGUUGAAACGCUGUUGGACGAGGCUGACACCGCCUUUCUGCGGAUAUGGCGGAUGCAUGACUACCUCGAGCUGAAGCCAAAGUGGCACCAGGAUGGGCCAGUCCCGUUGGAUCGCUUCCUCGAG